AUGGAUUGUGUUUCAUCUGGAUUUCCAAAACCUUUGAUCACGUGGCGUCGAGUGGAUGGUCGGCCGUUGCCUGCCAGAAAACUUACGCAUUCAACUGGCUUGUUAUCCAUAUCUGAUGUCGGACAGCAAGAUCGGGGAGAUUACGAGUGCACUUCAACUAAUAUAUAUGGCCGUGAUACUAAAAUAUAUUCUGUUGAUAUGACAGUUCCUCCACGAUUCAUAUCAAAUGGCAACUCGUUUGCGACUGUUGGAAAAGAUGGAGUCGUUGCUUGUGUAGCUGUUGGUCUUCCAAGGCCAAAAUUUUCAUGGAGAUGGAUUGACGACAAGGGCUAUGAGCAAAGGCUGUCGAGUGCAGAGGGUUUAGUAGGAAGAUAUCAAGUGAAAACGAAGCAUUACUUUGAAAAUAGCACGAGUUUUUUGAUGAUAAAGGACGUUGAAAAAGAAGAUCUACGUUCUUACCGUUGCAUGCUAGGCAAAGACGACAAACCACAAGAAAUAAAUUUGCGUGGUUACAGUAGACCAUCUGCUCCCAUAAUCCAAACAGUGGUUUCGUACAGAAGAAAGAUUACUUUGAGCUGGAAACUGGCUGAGAAAACGGUGGAAAGCCCGUAA